AGACUUUGCACAUUCCCGUUAUGGUAUAUGUUAAUGGUUCAUCAAAAAAAAAAAAAAAAAAAAAAAAAAAAAUGCGGUGGUGCAGUAAAAGCUCAAAUUUAAUAUCUAUCUUACUUACAACCAGUACCUUUUUAAUCAUAAACGAUCGAAUUACAUCGAACUAAACCCCCACCACCACCCCACUUCACCCGAAGAUAGACUUUUAUCUAUCAGAUAAAGCUACUUGGUGUAUGUGCAUACUACCUUUAGCGCAUUUUAGCAUAGAUAUAUAUAAAGAAUACACAAUUAAUUAUCAUUUUUAUUAUUAUCAUUUAAACAUAAAUUUCAACAAUGACUUCAGAUAACACAAACUCUCUUUCUAUCGGUGCUUAUAUCCUCCUUCGUCUUAAGCAGAUCGGCAUCGACACUGUCUUUGGUGUACCUGGUGAUUUCAACAUGCCUUUAUUGGACUUGAUUGAAGACGAUGCUGAAUUGACCUGGGGUAACAAUGCCAACGAGUUGAACGCGGCCUAUGCAGCUGACGGAUACGCUCGAGUCCGUGGCAUGGGUGCUGUUGUAACAGCAUUUGGUGUUGGUGAGCUUUCUGCUAUCAAUGGUAUUGCUGGAUCGUACUCUGAAAUGGUACCUGUCAUACAUAUUGUUGGUACACCUCGUACCGCUUCUCAAAAAUCCGGUGCUUUGUUGCAUCACACUUUGGGUAAUGGCGAUUUCGACGUCUUUUUUAAGAUGGGAUCUAUGGUGACAGUUGCUGCUGCUAACUUGACUCUUGCUAAUGCUACAGCUGAAGUUGAUCGUGUCAUUUUGGCUGCCUAUAUGAAUAAGCGACCUGGGUAUAUUGCUCUUCCAUUUGACUUGAUUCAUGCCACUGUUCAAGUACCUGUCGAACUUCCUCUUUUGGAAUUUGCUGCUCCCAAGAACCCAGUGCAAGUACAAGAGGUCGCUGUAAAGCAAAUUUUGUCGGCCAUUAGUGAGGCUAAACAUCCUGUGAUUAUUGUGGACGGUGCUGUUAUCCGUCAUGGACUUCAAUCUGCCGCCACUGACUUUGUAAACCGUGCUGGAUUUCCUACCUUCUCAACCAUGAUGGGUAAAAACGCAAUUGAUGAAACAGUUUCCAACUACCGAGGUAUUUACACUGGCGCUGUCACACUUGAAGGUGUCAGAGAAGAGAUCGAAAAGGCAGAUCUUUUGAUCGAAGUAGGAUGCAUCAAAUCAGACUUCAAUACGGGUAAUUUCUCUUACGGUUUCCAAAAUACCAAAAAGAUUUGUUUGAACAGCCAUGGUACAACCAUUGGUCACGCGGAAUACGCCGGUGUAGGUAUGCAUGAACUCUUACCUUCUUUGACGGCGGCUCUUCCCGGUUUGAAACAUCAGGCUGAGCUUAGUCCUCGUGUUAUGCCAGCACCUAUUGAUACCAGUAGCAACCAGAUCACGCAUAACUAUCUUUGGAACAAGGUCCCUGAAUAUAUUGCACCUAACAGUAUCGUUGUAAGUGAAACCGGAACCGCUGAAUUUGGUGUAGCCAACAUGCAAAGUCCAAAGGGUGCUACGUUUAUUGGACAGAUUCUUUGGGGAUCAAUUGGUUACUCUGUUGGUGCUGCUGUUGGCGCUGCAUUUGCUGACCGCAGCCGAAAAGUGUACCUUUUUGUCGGUGAUGGGUCUUUCCAAUUGACUGUUCAGGAGAUUUCAGUAUUUAUUCGUCAAGGACUUACGCCAGUUAUAUUUUUGUUGAACAAUGACGGGUAUUUGAUGGAGAAGUUGAUCCAUGGACCUGAGCGUAGCUAUAACAACUUCCAAAUGUGGGAUUACAGCAAGACUUUGGAAUAUUUUGGUGGACACUUGGAAACAAACAAGAGCAAUGGCAAAACCCCUUCGUUGAUUGGAUUGGAGGCCAAGGUUGAAACUCGACAGGAAUUCGAGAAUGCAAUGGAAUUGGUCAACCAACAACCCGACAAAAUCCAUUUCUUGGAAGUAGUUAUGCCCGAAUUCGAUUCCCCUCGCGAGCUUUCCUUGUUAUGUGCUUUGUCUGAAAAUCGUUAAUAUUACUAUUUUCUUCUUCUUUGCAGUUUUUCCAAAAAAAAUUAUUUGUUGUUGUUAAUAAAAUAAGUUGUUUUUGUUGUUUA